AAACUUUAAACAUAGUCAAACUUCUGCAACCAACUAUACACCUUACUUACGUGAAGUGCUGCCAACCCAACCCAAACAAUCCCCCGUCACCCAAACGCUUCCCCAACCUAACCUAAAAAUCCCCUUUUUUCGCCAAAAAUGACCGAAGACAUCGACUCAAAUUCCAGCAGACCGGAAAACGUCCCAGCGGAAACCAACACACCAACUGCCAUUACGCUACAAGACUCCUCUUCUACAGCCACCUCGAUUUCGAAACCGGAAGUUGGCGAAAAAAAUGCAAAGACAAGCGAGCAGCCUGGAAGCUGCUAUUGCGGGAAAGAUCGCAAUUUAAAUAUCGUUGAGUUGCUGUGUGCAAAUUGCUCUCGAUGGUUCCACGAGUCCUGUAUUGGGUACCAAUUGGGUAAAUUGGUGCCAUUUCUGGCGAAUUAUGUGUUCCUGUGCAAGAACUGCUCGCCCACGGGCUUGGAGAGUUUUAAGAAGAGUCAGGCUCAAAUUGCUCAGAUGUGUGUCACGGCGAUUGCCAAUUUGCAACAGAGUAGUUGUAAGGAGGGUUCUAAUAGGUUAAUAUUUAGUAAGGAGAAGGAGAUUAUUCCGUACAUUGAGUACCAUUGGGAGGCUUUGACUACAACGUCGCGGCGGGUGACUCAGUCGUGGCACGCCACGGUUCACAAAGCUUUGAUUAAAGACAUCCACGUAUUGUUCGUGUUCGAGGAGAACCCCAUCAAUGGGCAAAUGUACGGGUUGGUCAAUACGGAUUUGACUCACAUCAGACCCAACUAUGAGGCCAUGAUCAAAGGAGGCACUCUCAAAGUCACUGAUAUGGGUAUCCAACAUGUUGCUGGUGGGGUGAAAUCGAGGAACGCCAAGAGGAAAUUCCCGGGAGAUGUGGGCGGCGUCGGGAAGAAGGGCCGUGGGGUGGAUUUGGGCGCGCCCAAACUACCAGCGCACGGGUACCCCCUGGAUCAUCCUUUUAACAAAGAUGGGUAUAGAUAUUUGCUGGCAGAACCCGAUCCACACGCCCCGUAUAGACAGGAAUUCGACGAGAGUUCCGACUGGGCGGGCAAGCCCAUCCCUGGGUGGCUGUACCGGACGCUCAUACCCAGUACGGUGCUCCUGGCGCUGCACGACAGGGCCCCCCAGUUGAAGAUCUCGGAGGAUCGGCUGGCCGCGACGGGGGAGAAGGGGUAUUCGACGGUCAGGGCGACCCAUGGCGUAACAAAGGGAACCUGGUACUGGGAGGCCACGAUCGAAGAAAUGCCUGAAGGUGCCGCCACCAGAAUGGGUUGGGGCCAAGACUACGCCAACUUGCAAGCCCCCUUAGGUUACGAUAAAUUCGGUUAUUCGUGGAGAUCUCGCAAAGGUACGCGGUUCCACGAAUCCGCUGGUAAACACUACGGUUCAGGUUAUGGAGAAGGAGAUACUUUAGGUUUUAUGAUAAGUCUACCCCAAAAUAGUACAACUAAGUUAGUUCCUAACACUUAUAAAGACAGACCCUUAGUAAAAUUCAAAAGCCACCUUUACUACGAGGACAAAGACAACGUCCCAGAACGUUUGAAAUCACUGAAAGAGCUUCCAAGGAGUAAAGUCCUGUUUUUUAAAAACGGGGAAUGCCAGGGGGUCGCGUUUGAGAACGUUUACCAAGGGACGUACUAUCCCACGGUGUCCAUCCACAAAAGCGCCACAGUUUCCGUGAAUUUUGGGCCCAAUUUUAAGUACCCCCCUGCGGCAGGGUACGCCUACAAAGGGAUGCAUCAAAAAGCGGAAGAAGCCAUUUGUGAGCAAACUCUAGCAGACGUUCUCUAUUUGACAGAAAAUGAAGGAAAAUUACGUUUAGAUAGCUUUGUAUUGUGACAGUAAUGAACAUUUUUUGUUGGUUUUAUUACGUUUUGUAUUUUUAUUAUUAAGUGUACUACUGUAAUCUUAAAAAAAUUGAUACAGA